AUGGAGCCGGCCCUGAAUUGCACUGACCUAUCACAGAGUCGUUUGGAGACCACUUUGGAUAGAGAGGAGGCUCUGGGGGUCCUUCAGGAGGUCUGCAGAGUGUCCAGGCCGCCAGACAGAACACGGAUCUCUGCCGCCAUCUUGGGGGUUUCUGGGUCACUUCUCUCCUGCGGCCUCCUCCUCGCCGUCUUCUUCUGUAUCUUCACCGUGAGGUUCCGCGGGAACAGGAUUGUGAAGAUGUCCAGUCCCAAUCUGAACCUGGUUAUCCUAUUGGGCAGCGCUCUCUCUUACAUCAGCGCCUUCCUCUUCCUGGUACAAGAACCCCUCAUUUCCAUGGAAACUGUCAUUCAGGUGCGGAUCAGCCUUCUGUAUGUGGGAAUCACGUUGGUCUUUGGACCUCUGCUGGGGAAGAGCUGGCGGCUCCACAGAGUAUUUUCACACCGUGUUCCCGAUAAACGGGUGAUCAUUAAGGAUCUAACACUGCUUGGCCUGGUUGCUCUGCUCCUGUUUGCCGACUCCCUGUUACUCCUUGUCUGGGUCCUGUCUGACCCUGUGUCGUGCGUACGGAUGGCAGCUGCCAGCAUCAGAGCCGCAGGUCACAGGAUGCUCUGUGCCGUCUCCAGCACCAACUUCUGCGCCUCCCUAUACGCUGAUCUCUGGAUAGGCCUUCUCGGUGGGUUUAAGGGAGCCCUUCUGGUUUAUGGAAGUUACUUGGCUGGUCUGACUCGUAACAUCAGCUCUCCGCCGGUCAACCAGUCCUUGGUCAUCAUGGUCGGGAGCGCCCUGGUGAUUUUAGCUGCUGGUGCCGUGAUUUUAAUUAAUCGUUACUUUUACUCUUGGCCCAACCUGGUGUAUGGGAUAACAUCCGGGAGCAUCCUCAUCUGCAGCACCACCAUCAACUGCCUCGUCUUCAUCCCGCAGUUACUGCAGUGGAGGCAGUUUGAGGAAGAACAAAGUAACAGCGUAGUCCAGAUGGCCAAGUAUUUCAAUAGCCCCAGCAAGAGCUUCCGAUCCAUGUACAGCGAGGAACAGAUCUACCAACUGCUCGGAGAGAACACGUCCAUGAGAAGACUUCUGACCGAGAAAAAUGCUGUUAUAGAAAGCCUCCAGGAGCAGGUGAACAGCGCCAAGGACAAGCUGGUUCAGCUACUUAAGUCCGAAGAAAGUUUUGAUGCGACGGAAGGCAGUGAGAUAAUCGCUUCGUCUCCUUCGGCAUCAGCUGAUCAACACAUUGAAGCUACUUCAGGUGAAGCAGCCGUGAAAGGACCAAACCCAGAAUCAACCACGUGUGAUCCGGGAUCCAAAGCGUGCGAGGCGGAGGACGUUCAAGGAGCCGGGCAGGAUCCUUCUCCUGGACAUCAGUCAGAUGUCUCACCCGACCACACUGACGUACAAAAUGAGUUACGGUGCAAGGAUUCUGACCCCUCCGGGGGCUCCGGUCCAGCUAAUCAGCUGACAUCAAACUCCAGGAAUGUGAGUUUCACCGAGAACAUUUAUGCAGCUCAGUGCCGCCACCCAGAGGUUAACGGGCGAAGCGCAUACGAAGACUGGGAGCAAUUAUCGAGGAAGGUGAACUACGUCAGUAGUGAUAAACUCCAAGAGAUUCUGAAGGAGCUCAGCGUGGAGACGUUGCCGGGGUCCAGUCGUUUAUCCCCCAGAAGGCAGAGACGGGCCAGCCACAGCGUCCACAGAGAACACGCACCCCUUUCCACCGAGGGUCUUCACAAGGUGUGUCUCAGCUUGUCCCCUUACCUUACACGAAGAAGACGAGGGCACGCUCACAAUCAAAGGAGUCUCCCUACUAACACUCAGGGUCCCAGCUCAGUGCCUCCACCUGCCUGCUAUAUCAUGAGAAAAGGUAACUGGAGCAGGUGUAACAGGGGUAGGGUCACAAGAGGCGAGAGAGCGGCCCACCCAGGUGAGAGCAACACGAAAGGGGCUUCUGAUGACUUCACUCGAAAUCACCCGCUUCCAGCCAUCGAGACCACAGACCUGGGUGACCCGACGGGACAGGAGCAGAACAUUAAAGAGAACGGUGUCCCAAGGUUAAUGACAAGGACAGGCUGCUCCGCCAUAUCGGUUUCUAUUACAAAGUGCCGCCAAUCAGGACCGGAAGCACACGGGAUGGGGAUAUUUGGGGGGCCCGGAUCUCAAACGUCCUGUACAGAGACCGACUCGAGCAGCUCGGACGAGGCUUUUUGUUAUUGUCACAGGCCUUACUGCGAACUGUGUUUUCCCAAGCUAUACGACUCCAGCGACAGCUGCACCUCGGAGGCAGACACCGCGGACCAGCUGUAUGGGUGGUCGCAGCAACCGGUCGUAAACUUCAAAGAGGACCUCAAACCGACAUUUGUAUAGCUGGACGGCAAGAUCGGCCCCGGGGGCCGGGAACAAACGGAACUGAAAUCAGAUGUCAUACCCAGCAACACUAUGGAUUUCACACGGGGGCCACAGAGACCAGAGCCGAUAACCAGGCC